AUGAAAAAGGAUGUAAUAUCGAGCAAAAAGCAACAGGAUGAGUAUAAUAAUUACCUAUCCAUGCUUUCGCUGUAUUACGAAUACCUUUAUCCCACUGGAUACAUCCAAAAGUGGCUGAGUCACAACAGCACAGACCCCAAUGUAUUCAAGAGAAGGGAGUUUGCUCUGCUGAAGAGGGAUGCGAAGAAGAACAAGAUCUACACCAGAAAUGUGUCGAUAAAAUCAGAAGAAUUUUUCCGGACAAUGCUUCUGAACGAGCUGCCAUUUACAAUUGAAAUUGGAGCUGUGAUGAAUAAGAGGCCUUUAAGUGCAAAACUGAGCAAGAAUUACUGUCCUGUGGAGAAAGAGCUGAUCUUUGACAUAGACGCUUCGGAUUUUGACGACGUGAGAACUUGUUGCAUAGGCAAGCAGAUUUGCCGGAAAUGUUGGAAACUGAUUGUCGUUGCCUGCAAGAUCCUCAAGAUGGUUCUCACUGAAGAUUUUGGAUUUCAAGACAUGCUCUGGGUAUUUAGCGGAAGAAGAGGAAUCCACUGUUGGGUGUGCGACAAAAACGCUCGCUCUCUAACUAAAGAAGUCCGGGAAUCGAUCUUGGAUUACUUGUACCUGCCUUUCAGGCUCUUUAAACGCAAUGAUGACCUCCUCGUCAAGUGGAACCACCCAUUAAUUCAGAGAACUCUGAAGAUCGUCGAAGAAGUGUUUGAGGAGAUCUGCCUUGAGGAUCAGAAUCUCUUCAGUUCGUGGAAGAACGUGGAAAAGUUUCUCGUGGCUGAAGUUCCGGGCGAGCAGAAUAGAGGAAACCUAAGAGAAGUUUUGGGAAAUGUGAUGGAUUGCGGAUCAGUCGUCAUCUGGAGUGCCUUUUGUGCUGUUUUGGACUCUUUGGAGCAGCCACGGAACGAACAGAUGGAUCUCGUGGGAUGCAUUAAGCUGUAUCUUCUCUAUCCGAGACUGGAUUUAAAUGUGACGAAAGGACUGAGUCACUUGGUCAAAACGCCCUUCUGUGUGCAUCCGGAGACAAUGAAAGUCGCCAUCCCAUUCAAUCCUGACAAAGUGGAGUCGUUUGACAUUGAGACUGUGCCCACACUUCCUGCUCUUUGCCAAGAAAUUCAACGCUGCCUGGCGAAGAACGUCUCAGUGACGAAGAUGUCUCUCUUGAAUCACUCCCUGAGCCUUUUUCGAGACUUCGUGACAAAAUUGAAGCCCUGAGUGGAAAUGAGGUUGUGUGAUGAGACUUUGGCGG